AUGGAUACAAAUGGAAAGCCAAUCCCUCUGCGCUGUGUUCUAAUGACUAUCAGUAUGGGUGUGUUACUGGUUCUUCUCUGUGCUGGACCUGCCUGCACCCAUAAAAACCGGGGAUCAAAGUUUCAGGAAACUUCAGUCACAGUUCUGCCAUCAGUAGGGCUGCCUGUGCUUACACCUCCACAGGAGAGAGACUUUACAUCAGUGCUGACAGACAAGAAGAAGCCCCCCAUGGCAGCCUAGAUAUACCUGGCUGAUGUUUUCUGACCACGCUGCAAAAACCAAGAGGAAAGGACAAGAGGAAUCAAUAAGACAUCAUCACUCAGGCCCAUAUGGUGCUCCAGCACCUCCAAGACAUCAGAGUCACACUGUCAACCAUGUAUUGAGGGAGAAGAAACUGUCGCAGUUUCUUCAGCUGUUAACUGAUGCCCUGCUGAGAAAGAAAGUUGGUGAAAACACCUCAAGUUACAAGCGUACCCCAACUAUUUCCCCUGCAAAGGUACACAUUGCCUUUACAUGCAAAACCUGCAGUGACAUUCAUGUGGAACCUGGAGAACGGAGGGAGCUGCAGGUCUAUAAAAUGAUUUUCAGAAAUACACCAAUGACCAUCUUCAAGGAUUUUUGCGCAUACAGCUCUGCAUCCUUUCCCUGUGUCAGGACAACCUGUCCCUGGAACAUAUCCUCAGCUUUACAGCCAAUGAGGUAACAGCCACAAUAACUUUGAAUGGAGUCUUGCAUAUACAGGCAGGACAAUAUGUGUCACUUUUCCUUGAAAACAAGAUGGACUCUUGGAUCACACUUCUAAAGGGCUCAGACUUCAGUGGAGUUCUGCUUGGACAAUGAUCUACAGAAAAAUCCCAGGAACUGGCGCUCAAACUGCAGUUGCAGUAGCAGCACUUUUGUAGAGUACAGGCGAAGCAGUGAAAUUGCCUUUUCCUUACUAAAAGACUGAUAUAUUUUCUUAAACUACAAUUACUGUGCAUAUAUCUAU